UUUAUUUAUUAUAUAUAUCCCUCACUCACUCUAUCUCUUUUCUCCAGCAGCACCAAAACCACCCAACACUCGAACUCAAUAUCCAUUAUUACCAAAAAAAAAGAAAAAAGGAUAUCAAACACCCUUUUCAUCAUUAAAACUCUCAGUUCCCUCUUUCCCUAUCAAAACCCUUUCCCACAACACUACUCACUCCAGUACAAGAAACCCUUUUUCAAUUUGGUUUCAACAGCACACACACACACACAUAUAUAUAUAUAUAGCAUGUUUACCUUGAAUCAUUCUUCUGAUUUGUACCAUGUUUCCCCUGAGCUCUCAUCUUCCUUGGACACAUCCUCGCCGGCUUCGGAGGGCUCUCGUGGCGUGGCAUUUUCCGACGAGGAGGUGCGGCUGGCGGUGAGGCACCCGAAGAAGCGGGCAGGUCGGAAGAAGUUCCGGGAGACGCGCCACCCGGUGUACCGGGGGGUGAGGAGGAGGAACUCGGAUAAGUGGGUGUGUGAGGUGAGGGAGCCCAACAAGAAGACCAGGAUUUGGCUGGGGACUUUCCCCACGCCGGAGAUGGCGGCUCGGGCGCACGACGUGGCGGCAAUGGCCCUGAGGGGCCGGUAUGCCUGUCUAAACUUUGCUGACUCGGCCUGGCGGUUACCUGUUCCCGCCACGGCCGAGGCAAAGGAUAUACAGAAGGCAGCAGCAGAAGCUGCCCAGGCUUUCAGACCAGAUCAAACCUUAAAAAAUGCUAAUACAAGGCAGGAGUGUGUGGAGGCGGUGGCGGUGGCGGUGGCGGAGACAACAACGGCGACGGCACAAGGGGUGUUUUAUAUGGAGGAAGAAGAGCAGGUGUUGGAUAUGCCUGAGUUGCUUAGGAAUAUGGUGCUCAUGUCCCCAACACAUUGCUUAGGGUAUGAGUAUGAAGAUGCUGACUUGGAUGCCCAAGAUGCUGAGGUGUCACUAUGGAAUUUCUCAAUUUAAUAAUGUGUUUUGGUUUGGUUUUUGUUGUUAGUUUUUUGGAGUGAACAGUGUCUGUACUGGUUUUUUAUUAGUAGUACGGAUACUAGUUAUAGGUGGAAAGAUUGCGAGGGACCAAAAGGAAUUUUCUUUUGAACCCUUUUUUGUCAAUGUAAUCAAUAUCACGUAUAUCAUGAAGUGAAUCCCUUCAAGUUUAUGUAUAAAUUAAAUAAAAGAAAAAUCUAGUUUUGGUUA